AUGCCCUACAGCACAUUCUCUGCUGUGGAGGAUGUCUCGCAUCCUCCGCGAUAUCCCCCACCGAUCCCUCCGUCGCCGACAUUAUCGAACCCGGAUAUGAUUUUACCGUUCGACCAGAAAGAGCGUGAAUCGUCCACUCCGUCGCCUCCUUUUAACCUGCCCUCCCUCUCCCAUCUACAGUCCUUCUACGGAUCCCAACAGUAUCCCGCUGAUUUCGGUGGAGAUGCCACAGAAGAUGGUAUACAUGCGCCCGCGAACCGACCGCAGAAGAAGGGUUUCCCGCGUCAUACGUGGCAGCACGAGGGGCAUGAAGCCGGUCGCCGCUUAUCGGAUAUCGGGGAGGAGGAUGCUUCGUCAGCGACGCACCUAUCCGGGUUGUCAGUGAGAAAUCCAGGUGUUAUAGAGCACGACGAUGGACUGGCAGGGUCGCCGCUUCCGCAUCGCGUCGAGGAGACCGAGAAUCAGGACACGGGCACGUGGAGCAGCUCGUCUAGCUCGACAAUUAGUGGCGCUAGCGAAGCUUCGUCGCAGGAGACGAAGGUGCGUGCGAAUGGUCCAGCGGUUUCUCACGAGGUACACAGCAUGGGUCACGAUCAAUUAAGGGAAAAGGUGCGUGCCAUCGAGACGGGUACCAAUGGCGACAGUUCACGAUUGAGUGUUGUGUCAACUACGGAAGAAGGGAGUCCCGUAGAUGAAAUGUCAUCGGUGGUUUUGAGCAGUGAAGCAGAAAGAAUUCUCGAGAAUGCAAAGCAGCGACUUACGCUUAUGGAAGGUAACCUAACACGAGCUCGUUCGUCGAUGCGGGUAUCCCCGUUGCUGCCGACGUCGCCAACACCGUCCGUUGGCAUGGGCCAGCCUGUCGGCGGCCUGUACCGAUCCAUAUCCCGGACUGAUCGACGGCCGUCCGCUCUCCGUCCUCGUGCGACAUAUACGUCAUCUCAGGAUUUUCCCAGCAAUCGCCAUUCACGGGUAUACAGUGAGACCAACGUCCCAUCGGCGAGUCUCUCGGUUGUCGAUCUCAACCCCUCCCGAUCAGUGAGCGCCAUGGGAUCGAGCACUACGUCGAAUUUCAAUAACGGUGAACGUUCGUUUCAGUAUGCACCGAACAGGGCGUAUCUCACCCACAGGUCGUCCAUCAAUGCCUUGCAUCCAACCCUGGCGGAAGAGCACAUAUUGUCUGAUACAUCUAGAGGCUUGGGGAUUUCAACGGAGGAAAGUGGGAAUAAGGCGUCGAGCGCAGAGGAGUUCAACUCAGCUCACCCUUCCCAUGAUUCAUCGUCCCGGUCGCAAUCGCAGCUCCAGGUGCGAGAUCUUCAAGAUCAGAUGAAGGGAUUACACAUCAAAAUAUCCAGUUUGAAGGUCAAAGCACAAGAGGACAACUUACGUCGACGCAGUCUACAGAGUCUGCGAACGCCGAGCCCUUUUACCGCGACAGAGCAUUGGCAUAAUACUCCGCUGGAAUCGAAAGACCAUCAUAGCAUCGUAAGCCCGGGGUGUGGACAUACCCCCGAGCACGUCCGGGAGAGGCGAUCUAUCGGCGAGCUAGAUUCCGCUGUAGAUGGGCAGGAGCCUUCCGGCCCAAACGUCAGUGAGGAGUUGGGUGUCAAAUCUCAAUCGAUGGCUUACUCCAAGGCUUACCAGCCAAACAAGGAUGAUGAUGGCCAAUCGGUCGCUGAAAGUCUCUACGAAGACGCACAGGAGGGUGAAUAUGACACGGACGGUUCGUCAAAUUCGGAGAUCGACCGGGAGGCGUUGAAUGAGAUAUUGCGUGAGCCUUUGGAUGAUGACCUACAAGAUCCUUUAGAAGCCUUUCCCGCCGUCCCCCAGAGCAACGACUCUAGGCCUCACGAGGAACGCGAAGACGCCUUUGACUACGAGAAUUUCAUCCUCCACAGCGCUCUGGGCAGUUACACGCAGAGCAGGCUGCGUCGAGGAAGUGAGGCAUCAAAUUCAUCUGUUGAAACCACACGCCCGACCCAUGACCGUCAGCUCGUCCGUCACUCCCGGGCAAAUAGCGGCGCGUCGGUUUCCACAAUAGCGACUUUUGCGACUGCAAUAGAAGGUGACCGUGACGACAUAGAAAGCGUGCUCUACUGGGAUAGGAGAUUCAAUGCAGAAAUGCUUGAGCACCAUCCCUAUCAUGGAUACGAAGAUGCGGCACAGUAUCAUCCAGACCACGCUGAUUCUGAGCAGAUGGGCACUCCGCGGGCAAUCCGGAGACAACUCAGCUUACGGAAUGGCGUAAGCAAUGGUGAAGAGCACCUGUAUUUAGAUGCACGGUCGACGUCCCAACGUUCGGAUUCUGCGACAACGGGGUCCGCCACCCCAACAGCCCUGGCUUCGUCUCUCGUGUCAACGGUGCGGGCAGCUUCUAGCUCUCAUCCGAGCUCUGCAGAAAGAGGUAACAUGGGUCUCAACGGCGACGACACGCGGCUUUUAGAAAACCUAUUUAAGAGUCUGGGGGAUGUCUGCAUGGACCUCCAGACUAUCACAACCUCUGCGGACCCGGAUCCGAAACUCGUACGGCUGCUCAGAUGGCGACUAGACGCCGCUCGGCGUGUCCUUGAUGGUGAGCUUGAUACUUAG